UCAAAAUGUUAUUGUACGAGUGGAAAUUGGAGUUGAUGAUCAUUGAUUCAUAAGGCCUGAUGUGUGUCCAUAAAUUCCUGCCUGUCACAGGAACUUAUUGAGGUGGUGGUUGCUUCUAGAGAAUCAAGUCUAUCACUCCACUCCAGCCUUAAUUUGACAACCCUCACAAAUUGGACCAUAGUUCUGUAUUUGACCCCUCCUGCAGAAGCUGAUUGGGAUGAGGAGUAAGGAGGUGAGGGAGAAGGGUGUGUACCAGGUGUUGGACUGGGUGGAGGCAAAGACUCCCAACAGCAUCAAGGUGUUCUGGAAUUGUGUGUUCAGGGACCACCUCCUGCAGCAGUACCCCACGUUACGCCUGCUCCGAAACCACCUGCUGGACGGGUCGUUCACAUUCUAUGAGAAACUGCCAAAGAAUGUGGAGAAGGAAGAGGAGGAUAAAAAGAAGGCUUCAGCUGAAGGAGAAGAGGAGGAGAAAGAGAAAGAGGAGGAGGAAGAGGAGAAAGAGGAGGAGGAUAAGAAGAAGGCUUCAGAGGAAGUAGAAGAGGAGAAGACAAGAAGGAAAAAUAGUAAACAGAAAGAGAGAAGUGGGGUGCUGAGGAGGAGCAGCCCAGCACAUCCACCCAGUCCAAUCCCAGUCAGAAGAGGAAAGUCCAGAAUCCGACCAACUGUGAGUCCCAGGAUUCAUGCUGCCUUCUGGGAAAGAGGAGGACUUGAGUCAAAAAAGUCUAAAGUCCCUCUGUAACGUUUUUGGGGGGUGAAAUAUGUUUAUUUUUAAUUUCAAGUCACAUCUUAAUGUUUGUCCGGAAUGUGUCCCUGUCAUGGGAAUUUUACAAUUCCUAUAUGUGUCCAUUAAGGGCAGAGAAAGCUUGU